GUAUGAAGAGUUGUUUAGACGUAGUCUAUAGCAUAGAUACUUGAGGUGGUGUGAUAUGUUGGUUUUCUAUUAUCACAUUAUUUGAUCUUUGAGAAAGACUUCUUUGACAUUACCAUGUGAUCUUGUCUCCUUAUAGAUACUAUGGCCCAAUCUUAAUUAAUAUUAUACUACAGUUCUCCUCCACCAAUCAUUCAAAUAGCCAAUGGGGUUUCUGAAUAUUCUUUUAUCUAUAUAUACUUAUGGUUAUAGUUUUAAAAGAUUUGUCUUAAAAUCAAUUCUUCUCAAGUUUUAACGCAUACAACAAUGGGUUUUCGUUUCCCUAGUAUCAACAGAAGCGCAUCAUUUUCUACAAAACGAGGAGUUUUAAAAGGUGUGGACGUGCCAAAGGGAUAUCUAGCAGUAUAUGUUGGAGAGAAACAAACACGGUAUGUGAUUCCUGUGCCAUACUUGAAUCAACCAUUGUUUCAAGACUUGUUGAGUCAAGCCGAGGAAGAGUUUGGAUACAAUCAUCCGAUGGGUGGCCUCACCAUUCCUUGCACAGAAGAUGUGUUCCAAAAUACUACUUCUAGCUUGAAUGGUCUGUAAAUUUGAAAGUGAAGAGACUGACAUAGUCAAGUAGACUAGAGACAAUUUUGCAAAUGAGGCAUGUUAUCUAAUUGAAAAUUUUAUACAACAUGUAUUUUUGGAACAUGUUAUCAAAUUGUAAAUUUUGAACGUCUAAUGACAAUCGGUUCAAUUGCUCAACA